AUGCGGUCUGGCCUGAAAAUUCGAACCUCCGUCAACUCCGCCGCUUGUUCUCCAUCCGCCGAGGCUUCACCACACGCUUUGGAUCAGGCUAGCCCUUGCUCAAUUAAUGAAACUAGCUAUUUCAAAGAGAAUAUCAACAUAAACAAAUCUGAAUCCCCAAAACUCAGCUUGGAGCCACUACAGAUGAAAAGGAAGAAAAAGGGAGGGGGAUAUAAUCUGCGGAAAAGCCUAGCAUGGGAUAAAGCCUUUUUCACUGAAGAAGGUGUUUUGGAUCCCGUAGAACUCUCUGUCAUUAGUGGUACAUCCUGUAGAGAAAGAUCUCCUUUCAUUAAUGGUGGCACUCAUGGUAGUCCUCAGAUCCCGAAAAAACUUGAAAAAGAUCUAUUAAAAGAAAUGCAAGAUGAACAGUCUGGUAGAGAUGGAAGUAGGGGCUGGUCAUCUCCAAAGAUUGAUUCUGCUUCCUCAAAAAAGUUAAUGUUAACUUCUGCUUCACGGAAGUUAUCAACACAUCUUGGUAAAAAAUCUGGAUCCAGAUGUGGUGACUGUCCUCGACCUUUACCUUCGUCAUCAUAUCCUUUGUUUAUAUUGCAGCCUGCAAUUGUGAACGCUGGCAAGACUGCCGGGAAGGAUUUAAAGCUGCCGAAAUUUCCGGGCAUGAAACCAAGCCUUAGCUCGAUUUGUGUUUCAAAUACGAGCACCAUUCUCAAAGCUAACCCUGUGAAACACAACCAGAUUGCUAAACCAGAUUUUGACAGCCAUAGAAAUCCAGGAUCAAAGAGCUUCUCUAGAAGUUUCCAAAACACCAAGAAUGCAUCAAAAUCUAGUUCACAAAGACCUCCUCGCUAUUCAGAUGGAAAUUCUGGCAACUCAUCAUUCAAGAGACUUUCAUCUGACAUUAUCAGUCCAGUUUUAGCCGAUAAUUCAGGUUCAAGGAUGUUUUCAGAUAUUACAACACCAGUGAGGUCAGUGAAUUCAUCCGAGGACCGAAAAGAAUCAACAUCUUCUGCAUCUCUCAUUUCUCAACAUGCUCAUGUUUAUGGUGCGGCUAUGCAUACUUUGCCAAAUCCACCUACAAAACCAUCUGGUUUGAGGAUGCCGUCACCGUCUUUAUCAUUUUUCAGUCAGCCUAUACGUCCGGUCUUCCAUGAUUCAUCGUUUCGAGAUAAAGAAACUGAUAAACCUGAAAAUGCAAGAUUUCAAGAUAACUUAACAAGAAAACCCAAGGUUGAUUCUGAAAUUCAAGCAAGAACAAUGAGUGUUAAUGGCAGAAGCUCCAGCUCAGAGAGUAGUGCAUCAUCUCAUGUCAACACUGUUGAGGUAAUUAAACCAAAAAUUGAGCAGAAACAUGUGAAGAAGAUUCCACAUAACUGCAAAUAUGGAAAUGGAAAGAACGGUAAUGAAGAGAGAGAAUUACAGAAGGUCGACACUGAAUUGCCCACAGAAAGUGCAAGUCAUAAACAAGUAAUGGACGAUAAACUUUUUAGUGAGCAUCCGAGUGUGUCCCAGCCAAGCAGUAGGUAUAGUGGAAGUACAAGCAUUGCAUCUUUAGAGCACAGCCGAGUCGAGGCUGAAAAGUCAUACUUUGGGUCCAAGCAUUUACAUGAUGAUCAUACAAAAGAAACUGCUUUGCCCAAGUUACCGAUCAAUGCACUCAUGAGAAAGAUUCAUAUGGAGAAUGCUUUAUGUGCUUCAAGGGUUGGAGGCUGCAGGUCUGACAUAAAUUUGAUUUCAGAGGUUGAUAGUUGCACUAAUCAAUCUGGAGAAGGCUUGGCACCACCAAGAAAUGCAGUGUUCAAUACAAGUAAUAGAUUGCUGCCUGAUAAAGAAUUAUGUGUUCAAAGUUCCUCGCAAGAAGAAAAUGUUGAGAAAUUAAAAUUGGUAGUCGCGGACAGACAAAAUCUGAACAAGGACAUGAAGAUUACGACUGAAAGCUCACUAUCUCCAGUUAAUAUGUGCAAUAACAACUUCGAUGAAGAAAAAAUAAGCAGACAUCUUGUCAGCACCAAGUUAAAUGUUGUUGGUAAUUCCUCAUUAUCUGAAAUCCACUCUAGUUUAGUGGAUGUGAGUUCCUAUAAUGUUGAUGCUUUGUCAGACAAUCCUGCUGAUAGAAACCUGUCAAACAGUCUUCAUGAAGACUCUCAUAAGCUGAAGAUUCACAAUUGCAGUUCCUUCCACGAAAGCAGGACUGGUGAACAGUCUCAGGAGAAAGCUUCUGGAAAGAUGACAGAAAAUGCAAUCUUUCAAGAUGAUUCUGCAGAUAAUCCACUAACUUCAAAUAUGACAUUAAGGGGAAGAGAAUCUGGUAUGGAUAACAUAAGAAAUUCACAAGAUCCGGAGAGUUUGCUGGUGCUAUCGUCUGAAAUCAGUGAACUCUGUACAAAUGAAUCAAAACGGUUGACUUUGCCUAGAGCUAAAUUUGUAGCUGAGAACAUUGAGCAUCACAAUCACAGACUACAUGCGGGAAGUUACUUUCCGGUGGAAUAUCAGGUUGAUGUGUCGAGUGUGAAAAAUGCGAUUGGGAGCACAGAACGCACAGACACUGGUGAGACUGAAUCGUGCUCGAGUACUUCAACAAGCACCAGUUUUUCUUCAAAGGAUACACCUUUAAUAAUAGAUGAAAAGUGCAGCGAUGCAUAUGGAGUUAAAGAUUAUACUGCCGAUGUAAUACCUGAUCUUUCAAGAGUUGAGUCUUUUCCUGACACCUCCAGAAGUAAAGAAUUUGAAGAUACUAAUGAUUCUUUGAGUUCUUUUCAUCCUAAGUUGGACCAUGUCAAGGUUGAAGCUGCAUUAUCACCAAACAGCAUACAUGGGGAUGAUGAUCUUAAUGAGAAAACGUGCCUGUCUGCUCUUCCACAAAAUGCUAUUCCAUUUUCUGAAGAAUGGUUGGCUGCAAUUGAAGCUGCCGGAGAAGAUAUCCUCUCUAAGAAAAGUGGCGCGGUGCAAAAUUCACCUCCCGACAAAUCUCUACCCGAGCCAAGCCCAUGGUCCCCGGUCAAAAGGAAAAACAAUCAGAUGGGGCCAUUUGACUGCACGAAAUUCACCAACAAUAAAUCACACGAUAGUCUUUCCUAA